AUGAGUACGCAAGACCCUUUAUUUAUCGCCCAAGAAGCCGUCUGUUUCUAUCCUAUCAGCACCAUCUAUGAUUCCUGUCCGCGUUAUCUCUUCUACGCUCUUCUUCUGGCCAGCUGCGUGACACGAUGGACAGGAUGGUUGGCCGACGUCCUCCUAGGCGCUGCAGCUACAUACGCAGGAGUCGCAGCCAUCCAGGCGUUCAUUCUCGUUUCGAGCCCCUCGUCGGCCGUGGACCCAGGGUCGGUUACAAUCCCAUAUCUUCCUCAGAAUACCAGCCUUUGGAGUAGUUUUCCUCAGCUCAUCACGGAGAGAGACUCUGUGAUGGUCCAGCCAGCCGCUCUGGAGUUGGACGCCGAUGCAGUCACUGCUAUUGUAAUCACAGGCUAUCUCGUGUUUCUGCCCUUGCAAUGCUGGUCCCGCGUUCUCUCACAGGAGCGCAUCCGAGUUAUCCUCUUCUACCUCUGGAAUAUCUUGAUGUUCGCAGGUUCCAUUUGCGGGUUGAUCUACUCAAGUACGGAAAAAAACACGGCGACCCAAUACAUGUUCUGCUAUCCUGACCUGCCUCCGUUCGACGAAACAUCCAGUGAUGGGUGGCAAAGCUCGUGGCGAACAUCCACUUGGAACAAUAGUGUCUGGAGCAUAUUCUCCAAUAGCACCCUCUGGGGCCAGCUGGGUGACAUCUGCUUCAACCCUUGCUUCAACACCAGUCAGGUUCUUCGCCAGCAGACUUCAUUGGACGUGUGGGUUGCGACCAGCAGCUCGGAACUGGACCAUCCACACUCGUUCUGGAACAAGUUUGUCUAUUCUCGGCGUUACAUUUACAGUCUCCUUGGCGUCACUGUCAUCUUGAACAUCAUCCUGCUUGUGUCAAGAUUCUUUCCCUACAGCUCUCGAAUCCCGUCCGUGCAGAUGGUAGUUGUUUGGAAAGAACGCAAGGCCAUAUGGAACGGCUUUCGGGAAGGCUUUUCCCUAAUCAAGGCACUUGCAAAUACACAGCCAUGUCCUGCUGCGGGCCAAAACGACUAUCCAUCACACAAGGGCUCUACUUGCCGCCGGGUUCGAUCCGUCCUAAGCAGGCACUUUGCCACAGAAUGCCUCCGUCUAUUGGCAGACUCACUCCUUCUCAUUGGCCUGUUACUCAGCAUCAUUAUCAGUCCGUUGACACUGAUCGCGUUUGUCGCCUGGAUUGAAUGGUACAUUCACAAUGAUGGACCGUCCCAAGAAAAUCCUCAGCAGGUUGGACAAUGGUCGUACUUGGUUUCAAUUGGGCUGUUACUCAUCUCGGCGUUGAUCCUGAGAUGGAAGUAUCACGUUGCUUCAACUCAAGAAUUGGACGAUGAAAUAUGCACGCUCAGAGCGCGCUUGACGGAUGUGGAGAGAAGAAGGCUGUUGCAUGCAGAAGCUGACAGACAUGCUGAGCCCACUGGAUAG